AUGCCGGGAACGGAGGAGCUCGAGAAGUACCUGGAUAACCUGGUGGGCCCGUUGCGUGUAUUGCUCCACGUUGCAGAGCCGUCGCGGGUAUGUGAUGGUAUAAUCAAAGAAAUUGAAUCGUUCAACAGAAAGCGGCUACUUACCGGUUACGUUGACUCCCUCGCAGCUUGUUUUGAUAUACCUUCAGUUGACAUCUGGCGCUGUUUUUAUUCUCUCAUACAACUACGUAAUUAUGUACGUAACAACAAGGUCGCUGAAUCUAAUCUCAAGGAUAUUUUAUUACGGGAUUCCUUCAAUGACGAGCUUAUAAAAACAAUAAUCAACUUUAUGAAUGCUGAGCAAUCUUAUAAACCUACCAUGGUGAAUGCUUUGUCUAAGUAUCCGCCAUUUCGAUCUCUUCGUUGCCGCUUACAGAUUACGAUUGGCCGGAUGGUAUUGCUGCAUGCACCGGACGUAAUGCUUCAAUUUUGGCUUCGUGUUGGCAGUGGUGAUGGCGGUGGUGACUGGACAACUGGUAAUGCUGUUGAGACUUCUACUUCCGUGGAGGAGGAGAAAAUUUUCGUGAUGGAUUGUGAGAUGCUAAGCAGAUUAAUCGAAGAAAUUGAAAAAAUUAUAUCAGUUGCUUGUAAAUUGGAGCGUUUACAUUUGAAAUAA